AUAAUAUUUAGCGAUGGCACUAAGAAGAGAGUCUCUAAUGACACCAAAUACAUUGGAAAAUAUAUCAGCACAAAGGCCCUGGGGACUGAUGACCGUAUGGAUGUCACAAACAUGUACAAGUACCCAGAAGGGUCCAUCAUGGAACGGGAGAUAUUUUACAAGGCAAUUGACAAGUUGUUACAGAGUCCUUCUGUAGAUUUUGAGAAAAAAUUGCUACUUUUUAGAAGAAAAGAGGAAUAUAAACUACAUCAAGGAACGGGACUGCAUGGAGCAUUUUCAUUGUUCCAGAAGCCAACGCUUGGACAGGACAUAAGUAUGAUACUGAGCCUGAAAAACACGACGCCAAGUAGUAUCAAAGUGAUUGUGAACAUGACCGCAUCCAGCAUUCUGUAUACUGGGAAACACAAGCAUGAGAUCUGG